CCCAAAACUAGCUCUCGGUGCUGAUGCGCGCUGGAGGCGCUCGGAGAGCGGAGCAGCCUUCACUCCAUCAGAACCGGUCGACCGACACCUGUUUGCCACAUUUACCACCUUUAUUCCACCUGUGUGUGUGUGCCUGCUGCCGGAGUUAACGGUACUUCAGUCUUCGGGAAUGAAGAACAAACCCAACCAACAGGUGAAGACCGCGGCUCCGGACCGACCGGACAUGUCGAGCUUCGAGGUGACCGUCCAGCAGCUCAACGAUUUGUUGACGGACGACAGCGGCUUCUACAGCUGGCCGACCGAACACUUCCACGAGGUUUACCCCAAGAUCUACGUCGGCAAUGCGUUUGUGGCGAUGAACGUGAUGCGUCUCAAACGUAGGGGCAUCACCCACGUCCUGAACGCCGCCGAGGGAAACUCCUUCAUGCACGUCAACACCAACGCUGAGUUCUAUGCCGGCUCGGGAAUCACCUACCACGGCGUACCAGCCAGCGACACCGACCACUUUGACAUCAGCGUUUACUUUGAAGAGGCGGCAGACUUCAUAGAGAAGGCACUGGCAUACAAAAAUGGGAAAGGUAAAGUGUACGUUCAUUGCAGGGAAGGCUACAGCCGCUCGCCUACCUUAGUCAUAGCCUACCUGAUGCUUCAUCAGAACAUGGACGUCCACAGCGCUCUGGCCACGGUGCGGCACAGAAGAGAGAUCGGACCUAACGACGGCUUCCUUCGGCAGCUCUGUCGCCUGAACCAGAGACUGGCUUCUGAGGGAAAGAAAUGAGGCAGACGAGAAGGCAGAAAGACGGUCCGUAAGAGGGAACAAAAAUAUGCUUAACUGCACAUCACUCUCUUUCACUUGUUCUACAUGUUUAUCAAGCUGCAGAUCUGUGAGGGGAUGUUCUGGAGGGGAGGAUAGUUGGAGAAUGAAAGACAGUCUCUCUAAGACUAAGGCUGACAGUACUGAGUGUAUGUAUAGUACAAAAUAAUACAUCUUACUGUACACACACACAAAUCUGUGACACAUACGUACAGUGUUUUAAUUGUGCUCAAACAAACUGGUGAAAACUGGUGAUGCCAUGUGCUGAUCAUACAUACUGUAGAUGUGAUAGGGCUGCUCGAUUAUGGAAACCAUAAUAACAUCAUAAUCACAAUUAUUUUGGUCAAUAUUGAAAUCACGAUUAUUUAACGCGAUUACUCAUUGACUUUUGGAAAGAUAUUGCAUUUAUUGAACUUAAAAAAACAGUAAAACAGUUAAACAAAUCAACAGUAAAAGCACCUUAAACUGGGACAUUUUCCCUUAAUACUUUUCCGGUUGAACUUUUUGAAUUCCCCUUCAGAACACAAGACAAAAUGAGAGUUUACUUGCAAAACGCAACGUGCAAAAUAAUCGUUUUUCUCGAUUACGUUGUUUUUGUGAUCGUUAGGAGCCGAAAUCGAAAUGUGAUUAGUUUCACAGCCCUACAUUGUGAGGUUAAAAUCCAGGUGCACUGCAUUCACCAGGGGUCUCAUUUAUAAACGUGGCGUACGCACAAAACGGGGCUGAAAAUGUGCGUACGCCACUUCCCACGCAAAGGUUUUGAUUUA